UUGAGUAUCUUUUCUUCAGCGCUUGUCUAUCCACCAUCUAAUGUUCGUGUGCAAGCAACCUCAAAUUCGUCAGCUGUGGUGCAAUGGGAUUUUGAUGGCGAUGCAGCGGUUGAUGGAUUUGUGGUACGAUACAUCCACGAACCGGCAGCAGCAGCAGCUGGACAACGUGAUAAUGGUGAACGUUGGAAAACGCUCACGGUGAUGGAUCCAUCCGCGCGACAUUUGCAUAUCACACAGCUUACCGCACAUAAGCCAUAUGCUUUCUGUGUGCUCGCUAUUCGACAAAACGUGAGCAUGGUUGCCUGGAAAACAAGUAAUUCGGUGAUGCUUCGCUGGGAAUACAACGGUGCGCAACCGAUCGGUUUCUACGUCAAUCAGACUGGCCGCAAAGAUUAUCUGGAUCAGCAUUUACAACUCAAAGGAAUGGUUUCGCCCGGGUUUCGACAGGAUCUCGAUGGACAUCAGCGCGAGCAUUUAUGGACGACGUUGCGUCCAUACAUGGAAUAUACAUUUCACGUUGGUGUUCGUGAACUGCCACCCUCCGACAAAGAAUACUGGCCCCGUGAAGUGAUUGUACGUACUGAUCCCACUGGGCCGCCGUUUGUUGAUGUACCGGAAUUCAUUAGCUCCGAAUCGGUCGGCACAGCACUUAUCAGGCUGCGAUGUGUCAGCGAGGAAUACGGCCCGAUCAGUCAUUACUGGCUUAUCGUUGUACCGGGAAAUUUCACACAGGAUGAUGUGCUUAAUCUCGAUUCAACGCUGCUCCAAAAAAGUACAGCAAUGAUGCGCCCCAGUCAAAACAAAAACACACGCGGGAAAGCAACUAAAAGAGCGCGCAAAGUGAAUAAACAAGCGAAAAGGUUUAAAUUCAUUGUCGUCCGAUUUCUUUUAUUUUGUAGGCGUUAUUUGCACGAACCUCACGAACUACACGGGGCUUAUAUAGCUGCUGGUAUACCGGUACACGAAAUGCAGCAGAUGCAAAGGGACGAUCGCUUGUUUUUGCUCGGUGACGGACGGAUGUAUGAUGGUUACGAUAACUGGCCAUUGGAUAGCAACUCAAGGUAUCGGUUGAUGAUGCGCGCAUUUGCACGUGAGGAUGCUUCCAGAAAUGCGUUCGAAUUUCGUGCUCCGAUGCAGGAACCGUUGGCAAAGCGUUACUCAGAUUCGAUGCUAAGUGAGCCAUUUUCCACCAAAGCUGCCGCAUAUCUGCGUAAUGCAAAAGCUUCCAAUUUAUGGUUGAUUGCACCGUGGUUCCGGUGUAAUCGUCGUAGCAAUCGUCACAAAACAGCCCGACAUGCUUCGAUCUCAAAAAUAGCACUGGGCGCAAGCAGUACAAAUCCCAGUGAAACAUCGAAAUUACUUGUAUCCGGUGAUGUGUAUGGGCGUCAGAUUGUUAGUCCUUAUGAUCAGAUGAAUGGAAAUGGUGGUUGCGCAGCGAUGCCGGUUGAUUCCUCGGUCGAUAUGUAUCCGUUGCAUCAGAGUCAUAUGAGUACCACUUACAGUGCCUUACCGGUGCCCAUGUCGAUACUUCCUUCAAGCGGUGGUGCCAUUGGUGGUCAUACCCUGACGCAUCCACCAAUCCCAAUCUCAGAACUUGCUGCACAUAUCGACAGAUUAAAAAUGAACAAUAAUGCCUUAUUCACACAGGAAUACGAGAGCAUUGAAACGGGUCAGCAUUUUACAUGGGAAAAUUCAAAUCGUGAAGUAAAUAAGCCAAAGAAUCGUUAUGCAAAUGUGGUUGCGUAUGAUCAUUCACGUGUAAUUCUCAAUUCCAUUGACGGUAUCGAUGGCAUAUACAAGCAGAAAGCAUGGAUUUUUUAUAAUUUUGUAAUUGUAAUUGAGUUCAGACAUUUUCAGCCAAAAGCCUAUAUUGCUACACAAGGGCCGUUACCUGAAACAUUUGCCGACUUUUGGCGAAUGGUUUGGGAAGAGAGUACGGCAACGAUCGUGAUGCUAACGAAACUGGAGGAGCGAUCACGCAUCAAAUGCGACCAAUAUUGGCCAGCACGGGGAUCUUCGGUGUACGGGCAUAUACAGGUAACACUGCUUGAUACUCUCGAACUGGCACAUUACACGAUUCGAACAUUCCGGUUACAGCAUCGUGGUGCUUCUGAUGUGCGAGAAGUGAGGCAUCUGCAGUACACUGCAUGGCCGGAUCAUGGUGUUCCGGAUCAUCCCACUCCAUUUUUAAUGUUCCUGAAAAGGGUUAAAACAUUGAACCCACCAGCUGUUGGACCAAUCAUAUCACACUGCAGGUUCGUAGAAGCAUUAAGAAUACUUCCAGUAAUUAUAAGAGUACAAUGA